AGAUCUCUCCUCUUUUUCCUGUAGUUGGACAUUCUGUCAGAUACUGUUUGGUUGAGCAUUUUGACCAUUUUCUGUUCAUCAAUGCUCAUGGUGAAAAUUUGAUAUACUGUAUAUGAAUCACAACCCUACUCGCGCUACAUAUAGGGAAUAAAAAUUGAAGCGUAAAUUGAUCUCUAACGUUCGUCGCGUCCGAAUGAAAGCAACGCAGACUCGAUCGACUAUCAAUUAACAAUCGCGUUCGCUGAUUGGCUAAUGCAACGAGGGACCUUUAAACUUCGUUCGUAAACAGUCGUCAGGCCCGAGCGCGAGCAGCGCAGAUCUACAGACACAGUUCUUUUAAAAAAACUUACAGAUUAUUUGGAAAUGAUGGACCUUAAAGAAGCCAUUUCGUCAUCACCUGAUGAUAUCCUGGUGAUUGGUAACCAUGGAAAUCAGUCACAUGACACAAUCCUACGACAUCUCAACUCUGUCUCCUGUGACCUACAGCAAUCAGAUCAAAUGGAUGUCCACCUGCUUGGUAGUCGAACCAAGUCAUCAGGAUACCCCAAGCUUUGUACCUUGGCACAGCAUUUCAUAGAGCGCUACAGACAUGGACUGGCAGCCAACGACAGACAGACUGUUCUCUCACAUUCUAGCCAUCUACUCAUGGUACAACUCUGCUUGGCUGAACGCAGUAAACAGAAGCAUGACCUGUUUGAAGUAGACAUGAGUGAGGUGCUCCUCACAUCGAGAGAACUUCUCCAACAGAAGCUCUCAUGUGCACACAAGCCAACCAAUGAUAGUUCACCUCCAACUCCAGAGCCACACCCACUCAUGAAUAUGUAUGAAGGUAUGCUGAAGAGAUGUAACAUGGUAGACAUGGUAGAUGUAUGGAGGGAGGUGAGGAAGGCGGAGUCAAAGAGAAGAGAAGAAGAGACUAAUGGAUCAUUGGCUGAAUCUAAAACAAAGUUUGUGAUACUUCAUCCUCCUCAAGGUGACAUUGAGUGCACAAUGCUUUCCAGUUUGUCAGGAAAUGAAAGACCGUCCACCAUCACAGCUUUGACCUUUGACCCCUCAUCACCUUCAACAGACGAAGAGGAAUGUGAGGAUGUGAUGAGAUUAGAGGUAUCGACAGAGAGACUGAGCUGGGAUCAAGGAAUUAGUGCAUUACAUGAUUUUCAGUCCGCAUCCACUCCUAGUGUCAGAAGCCCCACUGAGACCUUCUGUCGUCAACUGUUCCUGUCUCACCUGGCCUUACUGAUCAACACAAGAGAUGAACUGUCUCUGGCUCAUUGUCUUAGUCUACCUGAUAAAGGCCUGGGGAUAGAAGGCUUCACGGCACUACGGAAGGCUGCCCAGGAGAAAAACAUGCCCAUGUUUCAGACCAUGGUGUCUUUCAUCAUGAAACUCCGUCUUGGUGGAAAGAGCUACGCCCCGGACCUCUCUUCCCCUCUCGGAGAGUAUGUCAAGCCAAUGGGGGACUUUGUCAAUCUCAUACAGAAGAUGCAGACCCUGGCUGAAGAAACUAAGGACCCAAGAGAGGCAAUCAAGAAGAUUCUUCAUACCAUCAAGAUAUCCAUUCUGAAAUCCGAUGAGAAUGUCCUCAAAGCUGGGAGUCUUGAGAAAGCUGUAGCUGAUCUCACAAGGGAGACGGAAUAUCUCAUCAACUAUACAGAGGAGAAAACACCAAAGAAAAUUGUUGGCCAGGGAAGGGUCAUCUAUGGCCAGAAGACCAUCUAUGUCAUCCGGAAUCUCGUUGACCGGCAGAGUGGUGCUUACAUGUCCAAGCUUACCCAGACGCAGCUACUGACCGAUACUGUAUGUAGUCAGAAGACACCGGUCAAGCUACCAAGUGUUAUAUCUCAGUUCAGAACUCCCGAUGUUGAAUGUGAUCCUGAUUCACCGGAAAAUGUUUCUCUUAGGGAUAGACUGAGAAAAAGUCUGGGAGGGGACGAAGAAGCAUCAAAGACCCCUCAAGUGCAUGGUCCAAAAUCUUUCAUGAUAUGGGCGGAGCCUGUCGUCAAAAUCACAUCUAUCAAUGACUCGCCGCCAGCCAAUCAGAACCCUAAUGCUCAGAUCCCAGCCAAUCAGAACAAAGGACUGUGGGCAGACUCUCCUGAUGACCGAUCGCUUGCUCACAAGAAACGACUGAGUGGCCUUACCCCUGACUUGAUUGACAGUAUCGUGUCGACGCCCAAACGCAAGACGCAUCUUCUUGUCGAGUCGGUAGAUGAGACAGAGAACAUGACUGAUGAUAGCAAAGUGAAGGAUGUCAAGAAGAAGAAUAAGAAAAAUAAAGAGAUGAGUAAAAAGAGGCUGAUUUUGAAUGAACUAAAUGCAGAUGACUCUCAACCUGCUAAAAAAGCUAAGAAAGCUGAACCAAAGCCGAAGAAAAAAAAAACUGUUCCGUUAGUCAAAGGACAGCAAACGCUGAAUCGUUUCUUCAGGGUUUGAUGAUAAAUAGUCAAUUUCGAAAAACAUGUGUGCAAUUCAUACCAGUUAUAGGUAAAGCAAGACCUUGGGAGCAUUUCAUUAACAUUUUCAUCUGACAAAUUUUUUUGAUUUUGAUUGGCUGAGAAACACUGUUACUAUGGUAACUUGUUUGAUUUUUCUCUAAAUAUUCAAAUCAACAUUUUUCUGGGGUGGACUUGACCUUUAAAGGCCAUGUCCACCCCAGAAAAUUUUGAUUUGAAUAAAUAGGAAAAAAUCAAACUAGCAUAAUGCUGCAUAUUUCCUCAAAAUCGGAUGUAAAAUAAGAAAGUUAUGACAUUUUAAUGUUUAGCUUAUUUUUCACAAAUCAGUGAUAUGCACAACUCAGUGACAUAAAAAAGAGACAGUCGGUGAUGCCCCUCACUAUUUCUUUGGUUUUUUAUUGUUCGAAUUAUACAAUAUUUCUUUUUUUUUUACAGAUUUGACAAUAAGGACCAUCUUGACUGAACCAUAUAGUAUCAAACAAUACUAAUUCCACAUGUUCAGAUAGGAAUUAAUCAUUGUUUCAUUUGAAAAUGAGGAGAAAACUAGAAUAUUUCAUAUAAUAAAAUACAAAAGUAAUAGUGAGUGGAUGACAUCAUCAGUCUCCUCAUUUGCAUAACAACCAGGAUGUGCAUAUUGCUGUUUUGUGAAAUUAAGCGAAACUAUAGAAUAUCAUAACUUUCUUAUUUUACAUCCGAUUUUGAUGAAAUUUUCAAUGUUACGCUUGUUGGAUUUUUCUCUUUUUAUUCAAAUCAACUUUCUGUUGGGGUGGACUUGUCCUUUAAACAAGGUUUUAUACUCAUGGGUGGUUACUCUUUCUUGUAGUCAAUGAUAAUGCUCCAGUCAUGCGUAAAAUCAGUUGUAACUUUAUGAACGGCUUUAUGAAACAUCCGCCUGGAUGGUGUUGUAUGAAGCUGAUCAUAAUUCACACAAGACUUGUGACCCUUUCUUGUUUCUAAAUCGGGUUAAAAAAAAAUUGUAUUUCUAUUUGAAGCUAAACUUGAAAUCUUAACUUAUACAUGUAGAUUAAAAUUCUUUUUGUUAACAAGUAUUUGAUGCAUUUUUUUAUUUGCCAAGAUUUGAUUAGAAUAACAGAUAGUUCUACCAUUAUGUAAAAAAAAAAUUGGACUGGAUUAAGCAGAAGAAAGGAUCACCAGUUAUGCGUAAAGACAAGCUGCGUAACGUCAUGAAACAGCAACAUGGUUUUAAUUUUUCCUCAAUAGAAGUAUAUGUUUCUUUGUUAAAUGUAUUUUUGUAUUGGUGGGCGUGGUUCUCGUUUCAUAAAGAGCUACAACUAUUGGAACUUAUGGCAGCUGCCAUGGUAACAGGGCUCAGCAGCCAAUCACAAUCAAGGUUUCCAUGGUAGUUGCCAUAAUGGCGAAGUUAGAAUAGUUGUAACUCUUUAAUGAAAUGGGCCCCUGGACAUCGUGUUAUAAAUCUCAAAUGCAAAGGGUGUACUCAAAGCCGAAGCAAUGAGGUCUUUUAGUUUGCAUGUUAAUAUAGUGGUUGGUUAUUUAGUAUCAUUAUUUUAGUUAAAGUAAUUUUGCGUGUAAACGUCAGAGCCAUGAACCCCUCCAUUGAGAAUGUUUUGAUUUCUUGAUUGUAAAGGAGAACCUUUUUUUUAAUAUUCCAAACCUGUCUACAGUUGUAUAUGCUUGAGUGUUUGAGAAAACAAAGCUGCCAG